GUGUGGGUUUCUCUUAAUCCUGAAGAAAGGCUUGUCCAUUGACCUUCCACUCAACUACCAAAGUUGUACCGUACAACAUCGGCAGGGCACUUUCGUAAUUAACGAAGUACUUGAUGACUAGAAUCAUCGUUUCCCUCUUUCUGACAUGUAUAAAGUCUUGAUUUGUUAUUAUUACAAACCCCAAGAAAUUCUGAGAAGAGAAAGUCUGGUUGGAAAGAGGUCCAAUUCCAGAUGGGUAUUGUGAGUUUUCUCAAGUUUGGUUUGAAGUGCUUCUUCGAUUUUCUUGCUUGGCCUCUCUUUGCUCUGGUCUGUCCUCUAUAUGCCUCAGUUUGGGCAAUCGAGAGUAAUUCCAACUCGGACAUGCGAAAUUUGGUGGCAUAUUGGAUUGUUUUCUCUUUGAUUUCUCUCUUCGAGCUUGCUUUUGUGAAACUCAUUGAAUGGAGUUAUCAAACGCUUCAUUAAGCACAAGGAUGACCGACCUCUCAAUGCAGAAAGCUUUCUGGCUGUGGCAGAGAGGUACGUUAAAGAGAAUGGAUCAGAAGAGUUGAAGAAACUCAUUGAUAGAUCAAGGCAUACGA